UCGCACAAUUAGCCGGACUUUGUCAAAACAAGCCCAAAGAAAAGCUCCAGCCUUCGGAAAAUUAAAUUCGCUGCGACAUCUGCUCCAUUCAAUAACCGAUCAAUUGUAGAAAUUCGGUGUAAAAUGCAAUUUCCCGGGUUCGAGCGUCCGAAGUUAGAAAAGCUGGCAGCUCGACAUUUCGUCUUUUUCUCGAAUAUUGAUCGCUCGAAUUGCGCCUGUCUGUGAUUCCCCCAUUCAAGCGAGUGUUUGGUGGCUGUUGAGCGAGAAGCGUUAGUGUUUCGGCGAGUGUCGAGUGCACUGUGACGCUUGGGAUCGAAAUGGCCAAAAACACAACCAGGUUGUAAAAAUGAAAGUGAACGGCAGCUUCUCCAGGAGCAGCUCGGCGCGCUCCUCCAGGAAAUCGGUCGCCCUCCCCAAAUCCUCCUACUCCUCCCCGACCCCGGGCUCGGCCCCCCGAAGCCCCCACUACCACCAUGAGCAGAAAUCGCCCAACUACCCCAGGAGUCCGCUCCUCGAACGCGGCGCCAAGUCCCCCAAAGUCCAGCUCAGCAGCCCCUCACAGACCGAACGCAUCUUCGAUUUUAAUCAAAGCACCGGCCCCAAGUCCCCAAACCUCCCCCUGAAAUCGCCCAGAUCCCCCAGGUCCUUCAACCUGCAGGAAGAGGUGCAAGUCCAUGAAGGCACCUCCACUGCUCACUUCAACCUCCAAAGCCCCCCCAAGUCGAAACUGAGCAAAGCGUUCCACCGCCAGCAGUACCAAUCGUCGAAGAGCGACUCCAGCAACUCCAAGUCCAGUCUGGAGUACCACUCCACCACCACCCACCCCACGGGGGGGUACCAGGACAUCGAGUACAAGAUCUGCCACUCGCUCGACUCCGAAAGCGACACGCAGACCUGCUCCAGCUAUCGGUACUCCUCCCGGCACUCCUCCUUCAAGGAGAAGAGCAAGAAGCCCAAGUGCAACAUUCGCACGAAUCCGGGCUAUGACGAGAGAUAUGCGUCUAGCAAAUCAAUCAACGAGUCCGAUCGCACCGAUAAGGCGCUUCUAAGGUGUCGCAAGUCAACUUCUGACCUCACUGACAUGACGGAUGAUGCCGCCAACACGACCAUGACCUCCCUGAGCCGGCCUAGCUCCCCUCGGAGGAAAGGCUCGGUUAAAGGUGGGCUGGCGUAUUUGGCGUCACGGAGAGGAUCGAGGGAUUCGGUCGCCUCCAACAUGUCCAAUGUGUCGAAUGAGGACAUCGGACCUUUGAACUUUCAAAACACGGCAAGGGGGCGCCAGAGAAGGACUUCAAACUUCCUGGAAUUGCCCGUUCCAGACCACAUACGGCCCCGGGUUUGCUCGCUACCGGAAAAAGCUUACAACCCCCGGCUCAGCGAUGAUCUCUACAGGCUUAGGACUUUCAGCAUUACCAACAAAGGGGGCGUAGUCAAUUGCGGGGAUUCCAUUAUUAAUCGACGGUCUCGGUCCAACACCAGUGUCAACUCCACAGCUAGCAGGGCGAGUAACGUGUCCGGAGAGCGGUCUCCUUUCGAUGGCUCCUGCUGUGGGUCUGGGUAUCAUACGGUCGAUUCGACCCCUCUGGGGUCUCCUGAAGAGAUGGAAGUGCCCAAGUAUCGAGUGGUGAUGUUGGGAGAUUCGGGUGUCGGAAAAACCGCUCUCGUAUCGCAAUUUAUGACCUCAGAAUACAUGAACACUUACGACGCCAGUUUGGAUGACGAGUUCGGGGAACGCACUGUCUCCGUGCUCCUCGACGGCGAAGAAUCCGAGAUGAUUUUUAUAGAUCAUCCGUCGUCCGAAAUGUCGGUGGAAAACUCGCUGAGCACUUACGAGCCGCAUGCCUGCGUUGUCGUCUACUCGGUAGUGGCGAGGGCGAGCUUCCAGCACGCUGAAGAGACCCUCAACUACCUCUGGAGGGAGGGCUACACGCAGGAGAAGAGCGUCAUUGUUGUGGGAAAUAAGGCCGACUUGGCCAGGUCGAGGGUCAUCACAGCGAACGAGGGCAAGGCCCUGGCGGUGGCGCGCGACUGCAAGUUCAUCGAGACCUCCAGCGGCAUCCAGCACAACGUGGACGAGCUCCUGGUGGGGAUCCUGAAGCAGAUCCGGCUGCGGGAGUCGCGGGAGAAGAAGAAGUCGGGCUCCAAGAAGGAGAGCAACAAGCUGCACGGCUCCAAGACCAGUCUGAGCCUGAACAUCGCCAGAGAGAUCCUCCAGAAAAUCUGUAUGAACGAUAUAAGCAAGUCUCGGUCCUGCGAGAACUUACAUGUUUUAUAAAUUGUUGUAGAUUCUAUUUUUCUACGCUAAUUCUGAUAGAGACGAAUUUGUGUUGGAUUUGUAUAGUUUUCUACCUGUUUUAGCUACAUGUGAUAAUUCAGUGGACGUAGCAAUGGACGCUUCAUGUCUCCUUUGACGAUUUCUGCAAGAAUGAAUGCGAGCGUUUUCAGGGUGAACAUCCCAAGUAGUUUUAAGGCCUAAAGUUGUGUAUAAAGUAGUACUCCUUCUAAGACUGGGUUCACAAUGUGCACUCGUUUUUUUCGGCUUCACUCGCUUAUUAGCAAUUAGUCAAUUAUUGUAGCAUCGGGUGCGGCCCGCUAUACUAAUUACAAAAUGGAGCACGAAUUUGAUAAAAAAAGUGACAAACGAUCGCCUGGUGUAUUAAAUUGUGUAGGUAAAAUCAUCAUCACAGUAAGUUGCGAAAUGAGACUGAACCAUUUUGAUGUUUUCAUAAUAAGACUUGUAGUUUAGUGGAAACUUUGUUACUUUUCUAUUAUUACUGAAGAGACUGCUCAGUAAUUAACCAAGUAUCUCUGUCUACUGCAUUAAUACGACUGUUCGGAACUCUGCGUUUUUUAUUCGUAUUUUUGUCGAAACGUCGAAAAUGCAACCCGUUCGCAGCUAAGGCGUCUGCAGUUAUUGUCUUAUUUAACAAAAUAAAACAGUUUACUGAACUUAUCAUUUACCAUGUGUUUUAUUUUUCCAAAUUUAAUAAAAAAACAAUCAGUACGACGAUUACGUUUUGAAUUGGUAGUAAAAAAUACUCUCUUUAUGAGCAAAGUUUGUUAAUAAUAUAUAAAAUUAUCUAUAAAUACAAUUAAAUUUAGCUUGUAAUAAAAUUUGUUGGGAAUCUCGAAUUUUUAUUUAUGGGCAUUUAAUAGAAACGAAUAAGUGUGAUCUUCAUAAAUAAAACACUAUGCCAUUGUGCUUUUUCUUUCAAUUACAGAAAUAAAUGGUUUAAAUAAAUUGUUUUCAUCUUCCCGAAAUGCUAAAUUAACGUUAAUGAAUAAUAUUUAUUGUUCAAAUAAAUUAUUAAAUCCAGAAUAGUGAUGUGUUCUUUAAAAAUAUUCCUACUCACUUUUGCACAGAGCAAUACGAAUGUUUAACGACUAUUUUACAGUUGUUACUGCACAUUAUAUUGUAUAAAAAAUAAUUUACGUAAAAACGAAAUAACUUUUCAACGAUUGUCUGCUAAUUUACGUUUAUUUAAAAAUAAUAUAUAGAAUAGUAAAUGUUAAAAAGUAUUUAUUUUUCUUACUAAAUCUUAAAACUACUCAUUAACCAACGUUUGCUAUUAAAUAUUUUAUUUUCCUUUCUAUGCAUUUAAUUUGUUUUCCGAAUUUAUCCACAAUUCUAUGAAAUAAAAAGUAACUAAAUAAUAUUUAUGUAGUAAUACUAACAAUGUUGUAUUUUUUUAAUCAUGAUGGGGCGGAUUUUAGAAAAAAAUGUGUAUGCAACUCGCAUUUAAUGACUUUUAAAUGGCUAAUCGUAUCAAUAAAGUAUAAAUUUUAUAACGGUUUUUAACGACACACAAUAUUUACAAAAUGAUAAGUCAUAUACGUAUGAAUUAAAUAACACUGGACAACAUGAUUUCUUUUUUUUAAGGUCUAGUACUUGUUUCUUAUGUAUUUUUUAUCCAAAUUCUAAAAAUGUGUUCAAAAAUCACGUCAGGUCUCUGAAAAAAAUAUUAAAUAUUUUUAUAUAAUCAUAUUAAAUUUUACUGUUUGUGAGAACAUUUUCUUUUAUUACUAGAAAUAAUAUCUUAACUGAAAUAUUCAAACAUGUUGAAGAAGCUGGUUAAAUCAAAAGAGCAUUGCUAUGCCGUUUUUAUUCUCUACAAAACCUGAUGUGUUACAAAAAUGUAUUUAUUGUUAUUACUUAUCCAUUAUAUAAAAUAAAUUUGGAUAUAAAUUAUGAAAAAAUUAAUAUAAAACUUGUUGUGCAAUGUAAAUUCAUUUCUUCAACUUCGGCAAGUCUUAUAAGGUCAUUUACAUGAUUUUAACGUUUUCGGGAAGGCCAUUUUAUUACAGAAGUUCCUUGUUGUUAUCGAAUUAUUAUUAAUUCAUUAUUUAGCUAGUUUUUAACGAAUUAUUUUUGUUUCUGUGCGUUUUGGCAAACAGCUGCAGCCACCUUGGGGUGCGUGUUCGGUGCAUUUGAGACAGGGACAAUAAAGUUAGCCACUUUUCGUACUGUUUUAUCACUGAUUGCAUAAAUAUUUCUUGUACAUUUGUAGAUAAUAUUACAUAUCCUGUAAUACGAGCAUUAGCAGAUUUAAUAUCACAAAUUUAUAUUUUUAUCUACAAUUUCUACUGUGACAAUCAUAUAAUAAUAAUAAUAGGGCAUCAUACUAAGUUAAAAAAUCAAUGUAAAUAUGUGUAACUGUUGUGUGUACAAUAAAUAACAGCAAUAAUUCCC